UUUCCCAUUGUGUUUGUUCCUUUUCCCCAAAAUGUCUGCGCCGUAUCUGACGCCCGCUCAUGUGAAGGGCAUGCGAGAGCACAAAUACGCGUGCUCGACCAACUCGUACCUUGACCUACAUGUCAUGGUCCACUUUUGGAAUUGGCUGGUCAAGCUCGUCCCGCUGUGGGUCGCGCCAAACCUCAUCACCAUGGUUGGCCUGAUUGUCAACGUCGCCACUUCGGUCAUUUUGCUAUCGUUUGUACCAACCGGUCAAGGCGAAGCUCCGCGAUGGGCCUAUGGUGCGUGUGCGCUGGGCCUGUUCAUCUACCAGUCGCUCGAUGCCAUUGACGGCAAGCAGGCCCGCCGCACCAACACGAGCUCGCCACUCGGCGAGCUGUUUGACCAUGGCUGCGACUCGGUCUCGAUGGCAUUCCUUGCGCUUGCCGGCGGUGCGGCCAUGUCUGUCGGACCCACAUCGACCCUCCUCGUCCUCUCCUUGCUAUUCAACUUUAUCUUCUUCUGCGCUCACUGGCAGACCUAUGUUCGCGGAACCAUGAUUUUCGGCGUCGUGGACGUGACCGAGGGCCAGAUGGCUGUCAUUCUGGUCCACCUGCUGACCUUCUUUUUCGGCUCGUCCUGGUGGCUCGAAGAGACGUUCGGCGUCCCGCGCAACAUGCUGAUUAUUGCCGUUUCGUCGUCGGGUAUCAUUCUCAUGUUCUUCCGAACCUUCCAGACCAUUGCUCAGCACGACCCCAACAAGGGCACCGUGGCCAACACGAGCGUCGUCUCGCCCAUCAUCCCGUGCAUCAUCCUCUUUGUCUGCACGUACAUUAGCUACCACAACUCGGCCAUCGGCCUGUAUCAGACCCACCCGGUCGUCUUCAUUUUCGCCUUCUCUGUGUGCUUUGCCAAAAUCACAAACCAAAUGGUCAUUGCACACAUGAGCAAGAUGCCAUUCCCGCUCUACGACCGCGUUCUCCUCGCCCCGAUCGCGCUGACCGCCAACAUUUACUUUUUCAACUCUGCCGUGGACGAGCUUGUCGCCUUGUAUGUCUUUGUCGGCGUGGCCUUGUUCGAUCUGAUCUGGUCGUCCUACUUUAUCUGCAACGAAAUGUGCGUGGCAUUCGGCAUCAAGUGCUUCACCAUCCCAUACCCUCCUUCUGGUGCGGCCGCUGCCACCUCCUCAGGCCCAGUGACUCGCUCUGCCAGUGCCAAGAGGUCUUGAGCUGCCAAAAAGCAACAAACAAACAAAAAAACAAAAUACAGAUUGGAUUGGCGUCA